GGGGGAGGGAGGGAUUUGUGGAGGGACGCACAUUCUACUUCCGGGUUAGAGUGUUGUUGUGCAUGCGCAAGCCAUUCCAAGGUUUCACGUGUGCGAGAGAGUAAACGAACAUGCUGUUCCUGUCAUCUUAAGAAAUAUUAAACAUAACACGUGUAUAAUAUUAUUAUUUGAGAAUGCAACAGUGAGAAAUCAAGUGUCGUCCGUGAGAAAAUUCUUUCACGCUAUCGCUGGGAUCGUGACGACAAUUGGUGUCUACGGAGGCCGACAUGGGUGACGUUUUAAACAGAGACGGAGGAGAUGGUCUCAAGAGAAAGAAAAAGAAGAAAGAAGUGGUUGCAGAGGGAAAUGGAGAUAGUGUCACUGUGGACGUGGAUACAACAACAACACCGAAAGAAAGCAAAAAGAAGAAAAAAGAUAGAGGCUGCAUGAGCAAUAUAACUACCAUAGAGAUCGACCCUGUUGAACCCAAAGGAAAUAUAAAUGUAAAACUAGAAAUCGUUGAUCUGUUGGAUACAGAGGAUACUGGUUCCACUGUAGUGGAGAAGACGAAAAAGAAAAAGCCGAAGAAGUCGUUAACAACUACAAAUGGACAUGACAAUUCUACAUCUGAGGUUGAAGUGGUGAGUCUUAUUGAAGAGGAAGAAGAGAAAGUCAAGAAGAAGAAAAAGAAGAAAAGAAAGGCUGAUGAGAAUGCCGAGUCGUUGGAAAAUGGUGUUGCGACCUCCACAGAAGGAGACGAUAAUAAAGCAGCCAUUGAGAAAGACAUCACUGCCAUAAAGACCAAAAAGAAAAAGACAAAAGAAAGCUCAGCUGGCUCUGAAGAGCCCUGUGUGGAAUCAGGAGACCCCAGUCAAGACACACCGGCCAAGAAGAAGAAAAAGAAAAAGUUAACAGAAGAAAGGGUGAAGGAAGAAGAAGAAGAUGCAUCACCCACUCCUACAGAAAACGAAAAAACAAAACAGAAAAAAGAAAAGAAGAAAAACAAAAAGUUAACAGAGGAAAGUGUGAAGGAAGAAGAAGAUGCAUCACCCACCCCUACAGAAAACGAAAAAACAAAACAGAAAAAAGAAAAGAAGAAAAACAAAAAGUUAACAGAGGAAAGUGUGAAGGAAGAAGAAGAUGCAUCACCCACCCCUUCAGAAAACGAACAAGCGAAAAAGAAGAAGAAGAAAGGGCAAGACUGUGGUGGCGAUGUGGAGAACGCCGCCACACAAACAACUGUUGUCAUGGUGAAAGAGGAAAACAAGGACGAGACCGAGCAAAAACCUAUCAAGACAGAAGACAUUGCACUGAAUAGCGAAAACCAAGAGGUGGCGGAGAACAGCAAAGAGAAGAAAAGGAAGAAGAAAAAACCUAAAGGAGGAGAGGACCAGCAGAAACCUGUUCAAGUCGUACAGAAAGAGGAGGAGGAGGAGAAAGAACAGAACAUAGACACUGUCAAUGGAAAGAAGAAAAAGAAAAAACAACAGGAACCUGCUCAAGAGAUCAAGGAGGAGAAAGAGGAGGAAGAACAUACUAUAGACACUGCAAAUGGCAAGAAAGGAAAGAAAAACAAAAAACAACAACAACAGGAAUCAGCUCAAGAAAUCAAGGAGGAGAAAGAGGAGGAGGAGGAGGAGGAACAGACUGUAGACACUGCUGUUGUAAACGGAAAGAAAAGAAAGAAAAAGAAAGCGUUAACCGAGACGAGUACAGAAGUUGACCCUCCAACGCCAAAAAAGAAGAGUAAGAAGAACAAACAGUCGGAGGAGAGUGAACCACCAGCUGUUAAAGUGAUCAAGGAGGAGGCUGUUACAAGCACAGAGUCCUCAUCUGAGAAGAACCAAGAGGUGGCUGAUGUGGUCUUUCUGUCAGAAAAGCCUGGCAACAUGGACGAGCUGUUGAUUGACCAGGAUCGAAGGCUAGCCCUUCAAGAAGACAUUGACAAGGAGUCACAGCCAAAACCAGCCUUAGGACAGUGGGGCACUGCCCACUUCGACAACUCCGACCAACAGCAGAAGUUCCUGCGACUGAUGGGCGGCUUCAAGAAGGGCAACCAGCCAACCACCACAGGGGGGCUGGGCAGGCCCAACAUGGCCCUGGGGAGGGACGAGCAACAGAACUUGCAGCAGAAGCUUCUGGGACAAUUUCAGCAAGCUCAGAACCGCAGGAUGGACUUCAGUAACAAAGGAUCUGGGCUUGGCUUUGUCGCACCAAGCAAUAAGAAGUUUGCCAUCGACGUGAAUGCCAGUCGCUCAAUGAAAUUCGAUGACUGAUCAUUUGUAUGACUGUAUUGCGUACGCUAUUUCAAUCACUUCACAUGCCACAUGCCAUAUGAAUUUAUGGUUGUCUCAGUCUGGCUGGCUAAAAAACCCAGUGUCUGACAGUGUAGGGCUGUAGGCUUUUUGCAUGGCAAGUGUGGUAGCACAUUUAUAUAGGCUCUAGACUCGUUGUCAAAGCAUUGUUUUUAGCCCCCCAGACAUUCUAUUUACAUCUCGGCUUCAUUUUAAAUUGUCUGUAAUGAGCAAAACUGAAGAUCAAAGUCACCCUCAAAGAACGAUUAGGUCAUCAUCCACAUACUGACUGAACAGAUUAUAAAAGGUCUUGUUUGUCGUUUAUCUUUGUUGGUCAUGCUACAUUUGGAAAAUGUGAAGUGUUAUGUAGUGUAUGAACUUACACAAAAUGAUUUUGUACGUAAUUUCAUAAUUUAAGAUCUAAAAAGGUGCCAUGUCAUUUGUUUAUGUGGUCAGCAAUAACUUUCACUUCAUAAACCCACAA